AUGACUAGUUUACGCAUACAUCUUCAUAAUAACAACAAGAUUCAUAUUGCUAUACUGAUUGAUGGAGGGAAUAGUCUAUUGUAUUUAGACAACCUUCUUAAAUCGAUCUUCUAUGGUCAAGAAAGAUUUCGAUGUGAUUUGAAAAACUGUUGUAUAUCAAAUCUUUGUGAUGGAUUCUUUGGCAGUUGUUCAAGAAUUGAAGAAAGAAUGUCACAUGUUUAUCAAAUUGUGCUUCAUUUCUUGGGCAACAGUAAAUCACAUGGUGAUUUGAUAGUUUGCAUGACGAAUUGGAGGCUGAGUAAUUUAGAGUACUACUUUUAUGAUUGUAGUGAAUAUGCGGUUAUUAUUCUUGAUGUUGACGUGCUUUUUAAUGCUGAUAUUGUUGAGUUAUGGAAUCAUUUUGAAAACUUUCAAGAAACUCAGAUGAUAGGUAUGGCUGUAGAGCAAAAUCCUCAUUUCCAUUUCGUGAUGAAGAAACUGAUUAAAGAAUGGAGAGGCUACGGAUACAAUGGUGGGGUUUUAUUAUUUGAUCUGUUCAAACUACGAUCCAUCAUGUGGAAUGAAAUCUGGAUUGGUGUAACUGCUUACCUAAUGGGUAGUAAGGGUUACUUAGAAACUGGGGAACAGGAUGUAAUGAAUAUGGUUGUAUUCAAGUAUGCAGAUCUUUUAUAUGAAAUACCAUGUCAAUGGAAUGUUCAACUUAGUGCUGGAGCAGAUAUUACCAGAUGCCCAAUCAGCUGGUUAAGCCCGGUUGAAUUAAGAAAGCGCAAUUAUUCCACGAUUCACAAACAGCCAAAAAUUUUACAUAUUAACCAUCAUUCAAAGCCAGAAAAUAAAAAGGAUAAAAGCUUUGUGUCUACUAGAAAGAUCGAUCAGUCAGAUAUAGUACUUUCAGGAAUAACUUUGUUGUUAGGUGAGAUUUUGUCUUAUUGUCAACCAGCAAUGCAGCAGCCAAAUGAGUCAACAAUUAAGAACAGUGAAGACAAAAAAGGAGGGUGGCAUUUACAUUAUAACAAAAAUAUUCUGUAG